CACAACCUUCUGCUUCGACACAGCCAGGGAGGACGGACGAUUAAUCCUGAUCACAAGAACUCAAAUCAGCUCUGAGAGAUAACAAUUUUGUGACUGCAGAUAUUUUUGAUUCUGCUCAACUUAUCGAGAGAAUGACAAACAUGUCAGGGAGAGCUUUUUUCCUCUUCUUUGCAGCACAGGUGUUCACACUGGCCCUGUCCCAGGUGUGUCCUCGGAGGUGCCAGUGCCCCAAGGAGCCCCCUAUGUGUCCCCCUGGGGUGCCCCUCAUCCUGGAUGACUGCAUCUGCUGCCUAGUGUGUGCCCGUCAGAAGGGGCAGGUGUGCUCUGAGAUGAAUCCCUGUGACACACGUAAAGGUCUGCAGUGUGAAUACAGCACAGACAUCCACAAAAGGACAGGCAUCUGUGUGGCUCAGGAGAGAAACGUGUGUGUUCUGGAUGGUUCCAUCUAUCAAAACGGUCAGAUCUUCUUCCCCUCCUGCAAGUACCAGUGCAUGUGCCGAGAUGGGCAGAUCGCCUGUGUGCCACGAUGCAAUGUGGAUGUGAUGUUGCCAGGGCCAGACUGCCCCAUGCCACGCAGGGUGCAGGUGCCGGGGGAGUGCUGCGAGAAAUGGGUGUGUGAGCCCCAGGCUGAGGCCAGUGCUCUGGGCGGCUUUGCAAUGGCUGCCUAUCGUCAGGAGGAAAGCGUGAGCUUCGACAACUGGGACUCCAGUCUGAACUGUAUUGAGCAAACCACAGAAUGGGGCGCCUGCUCCCAAACCUGCGGCAUGGGGUUGUCCACCAGGGUCACCAAUAAGAACAGUCGGUGUGAAAUGGUGAAACAGAGCCGACUGUGUAUGAUCCGACCUUGUGACGAUCAGCUUGAUCAGACUCAGCUGACUCAGCUUACACCAAAGAGAGGAAGCAAGUGUCAGAGGAUGGUGAGGAGUGAAAAAGCCAUCCACCUUUCCUAUAAGAACUGCACCAGUGUCCAGGCCUACAAGCCUCGCUACUGCGGCACCUGCACGGACAGUCGCUGCUGCACCCCCCACAGAACCAAGACUGUCCUAGUGGAGUUUAAAUGUGAUGGUAAAACUGCCAGGAGGCCAGUGAUGGCCAUCCUGACCUGCGCCUGCCACAGCCACUGCCCUCGAGAAAACGCUGUAUGGCCGCCAUCAGAGCUGGGAUACAGUGGCAUGAGGUUAUAGACCAGAAAAUAACUGAAAAUCUGGUUAUCAAGAACAGAAAGCUAAGGUUGAAAUAGAUGACUGUUUCUGUAAAUCCAAGAGAACAUGAGUUACAUUAACUCUGAAUUUUAUGAUUAUGAAAAGUACAAUCUAAUGGCUUUAAUUCACAGCACAUUGACCAGGCAAUAGAUUCAAUCUGCUCUUCUGGGUCAGAAUGUCGAGUGUAUUUUAUGUAAUAGGAAUCCUCUUUCGAGGUUAAGAAAUAGAGAAUAAUAGCUCUGUAUGUCUCUCCUGGAGAGGGAUUUUAUUAUGUAACAUCCUGUGGACAAAUAUGUGUCAUCUGCAGUAUUUUGGUAGACAUUAAGCACUUAAUCCUUGCUUUACAUAGAUCUCUUCUUCUUUGGAGAUCAUGUAGAAAAUACCAAACAUUCAAUAGUGACUUGUGUUGUUUGAAGAUGCUCUUACUUUGAGGAUAUUAAGGUUACUUAGUAUGGUCUAAGUUGUAAGAAGGUGCAUAGCCAACGGUUAGCUCGAACCUAAAGUAGUGCCAUAGUUCAGUAUAGGCUUCUACUGGGAUGGUUUCAUUGCUGGUUAUAUUUGCUAAUCAGGAAUCAUCAUGAUUUUCGUAAGACACAAGUAAUCACAGUGAGUUUUGCUCAGUUUAAAUUUUAGGCUUUAUCUAAGUGACAUGCAGUAAUCUUCUCUUAACUUUCACUGACACAGCCAUGGAAAUCUUUCAACUAUAGGACACAUUUUUGAAAUAGCUGGACUAUGUACUCUGACCUCCAACAAACAAAAGGCUCAGUCUAUGAAAGAGAGGUUGCUGUGGUGACUUUAUGUCAUUUCUGACAUCUGCCUGAAAGCUUGCCUUGUAGUAAAACGCAGGUCUCUUGCCAUCAGAUGGAUGAUUUUUAAGUUUAAAAGUGCACAUGAAGCUAUUUUAUAAUGACAAAAGUUUUGUAAAUACUUGCUGUAUAUUAUGACAGUGUGUAUCUAAUACACAACUUAGAUUAGUAUCAGUGUAAACAUGAAUAUGUAUAUUGGAAUGUGGUAUCGUUUUGCUUACUACUUGAAUUACACUCAGUCUGUUUGUGUCUGUAUCUGUGUUUGGAUUAUACUGCAAUGCACAGCCUUUGAAAAUAAAGCUGUA